CUGGUCUGAGACCCAGUGGUGUCGUUUUCCUUUCAGCCCGCUUUUGGCCACGCCUCAGCCCACACCUGCAGCGCCAGCCAGCGGGGGAUCCGGCAGCUCCAGUGACUCUGAGAGCAGCUCAGAGUCAGACUCAGACACUGAAAGCAGCACCACUGACAGUGAAGCCAACGAGGCGCCGCGCGUGGCCACGCCAGAGCCUGAGCCGCCCUCCACCAACAAGUGGCAGCUGGACAAAUGGCUUAACAAAGUGACAUCUCAGAACAAGUCGUUUAUUUGCGGCCAAAAUGAAACACCCAUGGAGACGAUCUCUGUACCUCCUCCAAUCAUACAGCCAAUGGAAGUCCAGGUCAAGGUGAAGGCAAACCCCAGCCAGGUCCUGGCUGAACCCAAAGAGAGGCCUCUCCUCAGUCUCAUCAGGGAGAAAGCCCGUCCACGGCCCACCCCCAAAAUUCCAGAAACAAAGGCUCUGAAGCAUAAAUUGUCGACAACUCUCGAGACAGCAUCUCAAAGGACAAUUGGGAAAAAACAGCCCAAGAGGGUCGAGAAGAACCCCAGCAUUGAGGAAUUUACCUGGCCCAAACCAAAUAUCUCCAGCAGCACUCCCAAAGAAAAGGAAAGCAUGGAGCUUCCUGAGCCCCCGAGGGGCCGCAACAAAGCCACCGCCCACAAGCCGGUCCCUAGGAAAGAACCGAGGCCCAGCAUCCCCUUGGCUGCCGAGAAGAAGAGGUACCGAGGGCCUGGCAAGAUGGUGCCGAAGUCCCGGGAAUUCAUUGAAACCGACUCGUCUACGUCUGAUUCCAGCACAGAUCAGGAAGAGACCCUGCAGAUCAAAGUCCUGCCUCCUUGCAUGGCUCCUGGGGGCAACACUGCCAAGUCCAAGGACACCUGCGGGGCCAGCCUGACCCUCAGCACCUUCAGCAGCAGCAACCCGCCCAUCUCCAGUGAGGAGCCUACUUUUUCACCCAUCCCUGUCAUGCAAACCGAGCUUCUGUCUCCUCUCCGAGAUCACGAGAAUCUGAAAAAUCUCUGGGUGAAGAUUGACCUCGACCUACUGUCUCGAGUGCCUGGCCACAACUCACUGCAGGCGGCGCCAGCCAAGCCAGACCACAAGGAGACAGCCUCAAAGCCCAGACGGCAGGCAGCUGCCGCGGCUGCUGUGGAUAAAGCUGCCCCCAGGGGCAAGCGUAAGCACAAGCCAACAGAAGUUGCGGAGAAAAUCCCUGAGAAGAAGCAAUGCCUGGAGGAGGCGGCCACCAUCUGCCUGCUACCACCUUGCAUCUCACCAGCUCCCCCCCAGAAACCUCCCAGCACUAAAGAAAAUAAUUCAUCCAGGAGAGCAAACAGAAGAAAAGAAGAAAAGCUGUUUCCCCCGCCACUCUCCCCACUGCCAGAGGAUCCUCCGCGCCGCAGGAAUAUCAGCGGCAAUAAUGGUCCCUUCAGUCAAGACAAGACCAUCCCUAUGAUUGGACAGAUCACCUCGACCAAACCUAAGAGGAGUGAAGGCAAAUUCUGUGCUACUUUCAAAGGGAUAUCUGUAAAUGAGGGAGACACUCCAAAAAAGGCAGCCUCUGCCACCGUCACUGUCACCAACACUGCUGUUGCCACUGCCACUGUCACUGCUACUGCCAUUGUCACCGCCACUGUCACGGCCACUGCCACGGCCACUGCCACGACCACCACCACUACCACUACCAUUUCCACCAUCACCUCCACCAUCACUACUGGCCUCAUGGACAGCAGUCACCUGGAGAUGACAUCCUGGGCGGCCCUGCCCGUUCUUUCCAGCAGCACUACCAAUGUCCGGAGACCCAAGCUCACUUUUGAUGACUCGGUUCACAACGCUGAUUAUUACAUGCAAGAGGCAAAGAAGCUGAAGCACAAAGCUGACGCACUGUUUGAGAAAUUUGGCAAAGCCGUGAAUUAUGCCGAUGCAGCCCUGUCCUUCACCGAAUGUGGCAACGCCAUGGAGCGCGACCCUCUGGAAGCCAAGUCUCCGUACACCAUGUACUCUGAGACCGUGGAGCUUCUCAGGUAUGCAAUGAGGCUGAAGAACUUUGCAAGCCCCCUGGCUUCGGAUGGGGACAAAAAGCUGGCCGUACUAUGCUACCGAUGCUUAUCACUUCUCUACCUGCGGAUGUUCAAACUGAAAAAGGACCACGCCAUGAAGUACUCCAGGUCACUGAUGGAAUAUUUUAAGCAAAAUGCUUCAAAAGUCGCUCAGAUACCAUCUCCAUGGGUAGGCAAUGGAAAAAACACUCCAUCCCCAGUGUCUCUCAACAACGUGUCUCCCAUCAACGCAAUGGGGAACUGUAACAACGGCCCGGUCACCAUCCCCCAGCGCAUUCACCACAUGGCCGCCAGCCACGUCAACAUCACUAGUAACGUGUUACGGGGCUACGAACACUGGGACAUGGCCGACAAACUGACAAGAGAGAAUAAAGAAUUCUUUGGCGAUCUGGACACGUUGAUGGGGCCCCUGACCCAGCACAGCAGCAUGACCAAUCUCGUCCGCUACGUUCGCCAGGGACUGUGCUGGCUGCGCAUCGACGCCCAUUUGUUGUAG